AAAAAAUUAAAUAAAUUUGUCACGGGAUUGUCUUGAAAGGCCCUUAUUUCACAGUCCUAGACAGACAGACACAUAUUCUCCUCUCUCUACAUAUUACCCCUCAGAUUCCCUUGUUCUCGUCAAUUUUUAUUAUCUUACUCUCUCCACUCUUAGGGCUACUUAGCCUACUAACACUCAUCUACAAACAUAAGGUUGUUUUGUUUUUCAUUCUUGGUGGUUUUUGAGUAAUGGCGCUGAUGCUUGAUGAGUGUGAGAGCAUUUUGCUCUCUUUGGACUCGCAUAAGUCUGUCCCGGCUCCGUUUCUUACGAAGACUUAUCAGCUCGUUGAUGACCCGGCCACGGACCAUAUCGUCUCGUGGGGUGAAGAUGAUAGUACCUUCGUUGUGUGGCGGCCCCCCGAGUUCGCCCGAGACCUCCUCCCGAAUUACUUCAAGCAUAACAACUUCUCGAGCUUCGUUCGUCAGCUCAACACCUAUGGUUUUAGAAAGAUUGUACCGGACAGAUGGGAGUUUGCGAAUGAAUUCUUCAAGAAAGGAGAGAAGCAUUUACUCUGCGAGAUCCACCGCAGAAAAACAUCUCAGCCGCAACAAAUGUCUCUAAACCACCACCACCAGUCCCCAAUGGGGAUUCACCACCCCGGCUUCUUCUCCUACCCGAACCGUCUCAGCAUUUCUCCCACCGACUCCGACGAGCAGGCCAACAACUGGUCAUGCGAGUCUCCGCAGCCUCUCUCGUCCCCUAACGGAGCCGCAGCACCGAACAUAUACAACACCUCCGUCAUGGCCUUAUCCGAAGACAACGAGAGGCUCCGAAGGAACAAUAACAUGCUAAUGUCCGAGCUAGCUCAUAUGCGAAAGCUCUACAAUGACAUUAUCUAUUUCGUUCAGAACCAUGUUAAGCCUGUGGCGCCUAGCAAUUCUUACCCUCCUUCUCUCAUUUUACCAAAUGGCUUAGCCCCCUCAGGCGUUGCGAUGAGCGGUAACGGAUCGGGGGUGCAACAAAAGAGUAUGAACCAGCACUUUAAUAUCGGGUAUCAUAAUCAACAAUAUAAUCAUCAGACGAAUAAUAUGACGAAACAAGGUGGUAAUGAAGGAGCCAAGCUAUUCGGCGUGCCACUUCAGUGCUCGAAGAAAAGAUCGUUACACCCGGAGUUCUUGGGGAGCAUGGGAAUGAGCACAAACAAGCCAAGAUUGGUGUUGGAGAAAGAUGAUUUAGGGUUGAAUCUUAUGCCCCCUUCACCAUGUUAAUUACUUAAGCUUGCUUUCUUUUUGUUCUUAGUUACACCCAUUUAAGAAAUCUCAUGAGCUUUUAAUUUAGCUGUCGCUUGUUGAAUAAUUAAUCUUCAAUAUUUUUAUUGUGUUC